UAGAAUAUUCAAUAAAGCCUUCGUCUUCGACAAUAGAUAAAGGCUGAUAGUCUUUUACUAUCAUUUUUACAAGGGCAUUAUCUAUUUCAAUUAUGUCCACGUCAGUCAAUUCAUUGGUUUUAGCGCCAAAUAAUUUUAAUUGCUUUCUUCGCUUUAGGGGUGGAGGAUGGAAUGUUGAGUCAUUCGAUGAACCCGUUCGAUUUUCUCCUAUUAUUUCAUCGGUUUUACUUGAUGGACCAGCUUCAUCUUCUUUGUGCUUGAAUGAAUUCACUUUUUGGUCAUUAUUGUCUAAAUCCUUGUCGUUAUUGGGUGGUUCAUUUGCUAAUAAUUGAGUUGCAUGCAAUCGCUUCAAAUGUUGAUUCAAAUUUGUAGUAUUCCCAAAAAAUUUUAGUUCUUUUUUGCAAAUAUUGCAUUGCACAAAAUUUGUGUUGGAAGAUUUUUUAAAAUAUUCCCAAACGACGGAUUUUUUAGCACCAGGUCUCAUAAUUCUAUCAGGCAUGGGCAAAUUAUAAUAAAUCGGUAUUUAACGAAUUUGAUUUACGCUGUGGCUAGAGUCCCGGUACCGGUAACAAAAUUAUUCCCGGUAGAAUUGUUGCAAUUAAAACAUAAUAAUAAAAAGUACAAUUAUUUUUUCACAGAAAAACUUACACUUAGAUUUAUUUUAAGGCACUGGAUAUUCGUCCGUACAUGUGCGGUCGAUGUGACGUUUUGUUUAAACGGCCGCACAUUCGAUAUUCUUGCCUAAGUUCGAUCAGGUGAAUGGUUUAUUGAAAUGUUAGUACAUAUUGAAAUAUUAUUAAAACCUCUAAAGAAAGCGCUAACCUAACCGGACGAUUAAUUUAUUUUAAGCAGUGCAAAUUAAAACAUGUACGGCCGUUUAAACAAAACGUCACGUCGACCGCACAUGUACGGACGAAUAUACACUACCUUAUUUUAAUUUACCCAAGCCUGAUAAAGUUAGUAUUAAACAAAACAGACAAGACGAACGUAAAUCACCCGCAAAAGAAAAACACCACUGAGCGAAACACCACCCGUCACGUCACGAAGUUCGAAAACAACUAAAACAAAAUCAUUCAUCAGUGUUGCCACAGCGUUGUGGCCAAAUUACUUGCAAGUACCAGACAGUUUUACUUGCAAUUCCUUGCAAAUACCUGACAGUUUACUUGCAAUUACUGGCAAAGUUCAAUGUUUUUAUUCGUUUAGUUAUGACAGGUAUUCGAAUCUCCUUCAGGUCUAAUUCUACCGAUUCUACCGCUGAAUGAAUUUUUGGUGAACCUGUGCUAUGACUUCUCAUACCUCCAAACACAACCUCCAAUUCCGAGUGACGAGUGUUCCGCAAAAAUAGAUGUAUAUCUACCGACUGAUUGAUUCACGAUGAGUAUUCAUAUUUCAGUCAGUACGGCCAUUUUUACUCCUCAGUGCUCUGCUAAGACUCAAGACUGCUGCGGCUUGACAGUCACAGCGGCUUUAUGGUCCCGAGAAAAAUGACAGAUAACAGAAGCACCUACUUAGUGAUCAUGCGUUCUAUCCCGAUUUGUUUUUUCACUUCAGCUGGCUCGGCUCCAUGUUCUAGGUUGAAUCCCGCACGCCGUAUCAUAGAAUGUUAUGCUAAUAUGGCAACUGUUACGAAUGUUUUAAUCCAUAAAAUAUGAACAUCGCAUCAAUUACUUGCAAAUUCCUCCAGAGCACCCAUUCCUUGCAAGUUUACUUGCAAAGCUCCUCAUUCCUUGCAAAUGCAAGUAAUUACUGGCAAAGCGGCAACACUGCAAUCGUUGUUCAAAUCGCUCGCGGCGUCGCGGCAGCGAGAAACGAGAAUCAGAAAUCAGAACUGCUGACUGAACGAUGUUUACAACAUGUGAAUGAUCAUUCGAGUGAUAUAUCGAUUCUUAAAAUCAUUCGAAUACUAACUAUCCGAUUAUUAGAAUCAUUCGAUUCUGCCCAUAGCUAAUAUUCCUAAUCACCUGUAUCAAUGUUUAUUUAACUUGACGUUUCCAUUCGAUGUGAAGUGACGGAGCGUUGGACGGAGUCGACCUCACACGGAACAGAAGCUUUAAUCUGUUCUGUAAAUAAAGGGGUAAAAGCGGGUAAGCUGGUAAUGGGAGACGGAAUAGUGAGUUCAGUGGGCUGUGGGCCUAUGGGUUUGCUACCUAGCCACAGCUGUAUUUUUGUCGCAGAUGUCAACGUCAAAAGAUCUUGAUUUUCAAUAGAUUACAAUUUAAAAUAAUUCUUUUUUGUAUAAUUAGUAAUACGGGAAAGCGAAUUUCAGCAUGUCAAACCAAUCCAGUAUGAACUCAUAUACGGUUCCUAAGAGAAAAGCUGAUGAAAUGUACUCUUCUGGGUAUAGUGCUUACACAAAUGCUGAACACCCAGUUCUAGCAAAUUCAUAUUAUAACUACUACCAGCCAUCACAAUGGUCAACUGUGUAUCCACAACCUUAUCAGAAUUCUUAUCAAAACAUGCAAAACAGUACUGCUGCUCCUGCUGUAGAUCCCAUCACCCAGAAUAUAUACAAUGCUCUAAGUAUGGUUAAGGAGAAACCAAAGAAUCAUCAGAAGAACGUCUUUAAAGAAACUGUACCAGAUGCUGGUGAUCCAUCUUUACCAAAAGAGUUAACAGCAUUGUUUCAACCUUUAUUCUGCAAGCUCUGUUCUGCGCAGUUGAGUAGUAAUGUUAUGGCCAAAAUGCACUACAAGUCAAAGAAUCAUGAAAAAAAGAUAAGGAAAUUCCUGAUCGAGUAUUCUCAGAAGACUGGCGAACCUCUGCAUAAACGUGCACGAGUGACAGCAGCCGGUGCCAAAACAGAAGAAGAACCAGAUCCAAAAUGGUUCCAUUGUGAGGUUUGCGAUUUAGUAUUGACUGGAAAGUUGCAUGCGGAAUCGCAUUAUAUGGGGAAGAAUCACCAAAAAGCUAUGUUGGGGUAUAAGCGUCCGGCCGGAAAGGGCUACUAUAAUGCUGAAGGAAAAUGGGUCAGGCAAACGAGCUCAAAGAAGGUUCUUGCUCCUGGUGAGGAUACGUUUGGAUUGGAUUUCCGUAAACCGAUUGAGGCAUCGCCAACCCCUGCGGUGCCGACUGUUUCUCAGCCCCCUGCACCUCAACAGCACAGGUGGACCUGUGAUAUGUGCGGUGUGGUGGCUACCUGUCAAGAACAGCUUGACAUGCAUUUGAAAGGCCAGAAGCAUCAGAAAAAAUUGAGACAACUUGGCUUCUCCGUUCCUGCUGCCAAAGAACCGAAUACUGCUGCAGUUGCUUCAGCUGCAACUGACAAAACGUCAGACGUCGAUCUGUCAGUGUACCGCACGCCAUCUGGUGACUUUUACUGUCCCCAUUGCAACACUACCAUGAAUGCCGAGGUCCCUUUCAGGAUGCAUCUAAAAAGCAAGGCUCAUAUGAAGAAUUACACCACGCAGAAACAGUAAUUGUAAAAAGUGUUAAGGAUAAGACUGAUUGGAUUUGGAAUGUGGGAAGAAAUAAGACAUGCAUUCUCUUUAAUACUACACACAUCUAUAUCAUUGUCAGUCAUAGAUAAAUUUUAAGAUAUAGACAGGGACACGUAUUUCUUCAACGUUAAUAUUACCAGGAACAGAGAUUUUCAAAAUUGAUUAUGAAGAUGAUAAUGAAAAACAUUAUUAAUGAAUUAGAAAAUAUCUCGUUGACAAAGCACCUGACUAUUGAUGUGCAAGUUGUAGCAACAAGUAAUGUUUCCAAAUGAAUAUUUCAGCGAUGAUGUGGUAAAACAUCAACAUGUUACAUCAAAGUUGGAAAAUUGUUAUUUUGUAUGGCCUCUUACGUAUUAGGUAUAUAUUGAGAGCAAUUGGUAAGGUGGCCAUGUUUGCUUGUAGUUUGUAUCUGAUUAUAAUGUAACCUUGUUUCAAAACUUGUGCAUGAAGCUACAACUGCAGUUUCGAGUUGCUUCAUGUGGUUUAUGUUUUAGUUUUCUAAAUAGUUAUGGAAUAGUUUAUCGAGUUGCUACAAGUUGAAAGAAAUCAUAUUCAAAAUAUGAUCUUUUUGCAAUUGUAUAAGUACCACAGUUUCAUUAGUUCUUCGUACUUUUCUAUUUUGUUCAUGAUAAUAAAACGCAUACACGUAUAUUUACCCAUACGAGUAUUUCUUCUUUUCAAUGUACUGCAAUAGGAAUUUCAGAAUUUUGAAAGUAUGACGUUUUAUUGAUACUUAGGCUACAUUUUUGCAGAUUCAGACAUUCAAUAUUUUGGCUACUGAUUUAUUUUAAAUCCUGAAUGAUCCUGGAGAAAAUCCAGUUUGAAUGUUACACUACUGUUAUUGCUUGAAUUAGAACAACUUCGAUGCUACAAAUACAGCAACACUCAAAAUUCGUAUAAAAUUUACAGCAUCGACAGUUCUUCAAAAUAAACAGGCGAUGGAAAUUCGAGUUGUGGGAAAUUGAAACAAUGUAAAUGGUUUUUGAGCUUGAAGAUUGCUGUAUACCGGGUGUUUCAGAUUCGACCCUCACCAUUGGGAUUGAGAUACAAAGUCGCUUAAAUGGGCGCAAACCUGCGUAUUUAGGUAACUAACACAACGCCGAAUAGAACGUUUCAAAAUUCAACGCGUAGAGAGACGAAAAAAAAAACAAUUUUCCCCAAAAUUGUUUUAGUUUUUCCUGGCUUUAUUUGUAGUGUGAUUUCAAGAUAACUUGCACAAUAACAUUGCCACUUUUGACAUACAUUUUUGGAAGCGACUUCGAUAUACUAUUGGUGAGGGUAGAACUUAAAUCAUUAAUUGUUGUUUGGAAUACAUAUGAGUGGAUACCGGCAUUAUUGUAAUAAACCAUAAAUAUAAAUUUAUGACAAUGUUGAAAGAGCAGAAGGUUCGAAUUUGAGAUGAUUAUUAUUGGCCAAAACUAUGUGUUUGUAUAAAAUAGCACUGCACACGGUGGUACAUACUAAGUUUGAAUUUGAGUAUAUACUUUUUAGUUUUGUGUAUGAUUUACUAAAACGAAUGUAAGCAGUUUGAAAUUUCACUUUUUCAUUGCACGCGUGUGUACUAUAUCUAUCAUAUGUGAAGCUACUAAAUUUCUCUUUAGGUUUUUCGACGCCGGAUUUAUUAUUUGUGUAUGCUUAUGGCCACUCUUUACAAAUGUGCUGCUUCUUUUUAUAGAAAUUGUAUUAUAUUAUUUUGCGAUUUAGAAUAAAGUGCUGUGAGUCAAGAA